AGUUUUUUGCAAAAAUAUCAAUACAUAAAUACCAAAAAUAUAAAACAACAGAACAAAAAGCAGCCAUUUGCGAAACUGCGCAAAUGAAGCCCAAUCGCAAGGACCCCAUAGCGCCGGUGUGCCCGAAAACGACAUCCACGAUCGGCACAAUAACCGCCGCCGCAUUUGCAGUCGACGCGCCGAAGCAUGAUGACGAAUUGCGUAAUUUGCGCGAGAAUGUCACAUUUAUCGGCUGGAUGGGCAUCAUUGCCUCGACGACGCUGCUGCUGUGCACGGGACUGACCAUGCAGUGGCAUCACGAUGUGGUGCGCUAUCUGCUGCUGGUGCUACGCAGAUCCACCGAAAUGGAACGCUCACGCGCCAUGUUGCGACGGGUUGUAUUGACGGUCAGCGUCAGCGCUUAUUUCCUCUCCGCCAUCAAUGUUCUUAUGAAUAUGUUUUUGCUCACCGGCGUGGCGAAGCUGAACCACAAGCUUAUGCUGCCUUGGCUGCUAUUUCAUGGCUUCAUAUUUGGCCUAUUCGCCCAUAUCGCCUUGUACAUAACCGUCUCCAGCUUGCUGAUAGACCUCAGAAUCUUCGUUUUGCUGCUCGCCUCCUUUUCAAUGAUCAUAAUGAUUUUCGUCAAAAUAACCUAUGAAGUAUUCAAUCUUUGCAAAACCAUACGAAGAAACCGGUUGACGAAUGAGCAGAAUUUUUUAAAUGAGGAAGGUAAUAAAAAUAGUUAUCUGAUUUUACAGUCAGAGGCUUAAAAAACGAAAUAAGAGUUCGAGCACAAUAACCACUUCAAAACAAUGCUUGAAAUAUUAAAAUUAUGUCUGUACUGCUUUAGAAUACACUU